AUGGCGGACACACCGCCAGAUCUUCUUGCAGCAACUGCAGCAGCUGCUGCAGCAAUAACUGCAACAGCGGAAGUGGCAGGAGAAGCAGCAGCAGCUGCAACAGCAGCAGCAGCAGCAGCAGAGGCAGCAGCAGCAGCAAGCGCGUUACGCCCCAACGGCAGCUCUUUUUGCUGCUGCUGUGUUGCUGCAGCAGCAGCAGCAGCAGCAGCAGCAGCAGCAGCAGCAAUACACAUAUAA